GUCCGGACAACCACAUUGCAUCUACGGGCUUUCACCUCGCGGCUCCUUAUCCAAACUCCCAGAGAAGAGUGCCGGUUCCGCUGUUUCGCUGGAACUUCAAGGACGUAUAUCCGAUAUGCCGGGAAAGUGAAGUUGAUUCUCAUCUACGGGCGCUGGUAAUUUCAAUGGCUCUCUCAACAGUGAAGAUAUCAGAGCUCUCUUUCCACAGUUCCAUGAUUUCCAAGCCCCUUCGCAACAAUCCCUCUCUCUCCCGCCUCCUUCACCGCCGCUUUCUUCUCCUAUUCUCCACCACAGCUUCCCUCCACUUCGCGGAACGCACGUCCUGUGGAGGCGCCGGAACCGAUUCUCGUCGUUCCUUCCUCCAUCGAAAAUCAAAAUGGGACGACGACGCCUGUUUUGAUGAAAAUUCGAACCAGAUAACCGCCACUCCCUCCUGGAUCCAGCAAUGGAAUACCCCGGAACCCCAGACAUCCCCAGCCACCCGAGAUGCAGGAGGCUCCAUAGACAGGAUCGUCCAUCGGCUUCGUAGUCUAGGUCUGGGUCUAGAUGAUGAUGAUGAUGAAAUGGAAGAAGUGGAGGUGAAGCCGCAAGUUCAGUUGGACGGCAGCGAGAGGUUGGGAGAUUUACUUGAGCGAAGCUGGAAUCGGCCCGAUACCCAGUACGUGGACCAGCCGGUUCUGCCAUGGGAGAGGGACGGGUAUAAUCAGUUCACGGAGGGAGAAGAUGGGAACCAGAAGAAGAAAAAGAGGGUGAGGGCGCCGUGGCUUGCGGAACUUACCAUUGAAGAUUCGGAGCUCAGGAGGCUGAGGCAGCUCGGGAUGACGCUGAGGGAGAGGAUUAGCGUGCCCAAGGCUGGGCUCACUCAGCCUGUACUGGAAAAGAUUCAUGAUACCUGGCGAAAGUCGGAGCUGGUGCGGCUCAGGUUCCAUGAGGCGCUGGCACGUGACAUGAAAACGGCGCAUAAACUAGUUGAGCGUCGAACAGGUGGAUUGGUUAUAUGGAGAUCAGGCAGCGUGAUGAUAGUUUAUCAAGGAAGCAACUAUAAACGACCUUCCAAGUUCCAAAUUUCUCAAAUUGAAGUGAACUCAAAUAAGAUACUAGAUGAAGAUGAUCAACAUUUUGUUCCAGAUAUUUCGAGUGCUACUAUGUUAUCUAGUGAAAAAAGAGACCAUGAUUCAUCUUCAAGUUCAAAUCAUAUCAAACCAUUUCAGAUUAUCAGAAAGCCUGUUGAAAGCAUGACCGAGGAGGAAGCAGAGUACAAUAUAUUACUUGAUGAAUUGGGCCCUCGUUUUGUUGAUUGGUGGGGAAUUGGGAUAUUGCCUGUAGAUGCUGACUUACUACCUCAAACUGUUCCUGGAUUUAAAACUCCUUUCAGACUUCUUCCAGUGGGAAUGCGUUCAAGGCUUACUAAUUCGGAGAUGACAGAUCUUCGCAAGCUUGCGAAAGGACUUCCGUGCCAUUUUGCCUUAGGGAGAAAUAGACACCACCAAGGUCUGACGGUUGCCAUACUGAAGCUUUGGGAGAAGAGUUUAGUUGCCAAGAUUGCCAUCAAGCAGGGAAUUCAAAAUACAAAUAACAAACUAAUGGCUGAGGAACUAAAGAAUCUUACUGGAGGUGUUUUACUUCUUCGGAACAAAUAUUUCAUUGUCAUCUAUCGCGGAAAGGAUUUUCUCCCUUCUUCAGUGGCAACUGCUUUGGCUGAAAGGCAGCAAAUAACAAAAGAUAUUCAAGAUUCAAGAAGUAGAAGAAAUGAAGAGAAUUCACGCAGUAGUAUAGCAAGACAAUCCUGCACUGAGAAAAGACUUGAAGGACAUGCACUAGCUGGAACUUUGGCUGAAUUCCAAGAGGCUCAGGCACAAUGGGGAAGAGUUAUAACUGAUGGUGAGCGUGAUGCAAUGAAACAAGAAGCUUUCAGAGUUAAAGCAGCUCGAUUGUUCAAGAAGAUGGAACAUAAACUUUACAUUGCCCAAGUCAAAAAGUUGAGAGCAGAGAAACUUCUGGCAAAGAUCGAAGCAUCUAUGAUUCCUAUCAAUCCGUCAGAUGACCAGGAGACAAUAACUGACGAAGAAAAAUCCGUAUUCCGUAGAAUUGGUUUACGGAUGAAGGCAUAUUUACCACUUGGUAUCAGGGGAGUUUUUGAUGGAGUCAUUGAGAAUAUGCACUUGCAUUGGAAACAUAGAGAGCUUGUGAAGUUAAUAUCAAAGCAAAAAACCCUUGCAUUUGUUGAAGACACAGCACGAUUUUUGGAAUAUGAAAGUGGGGGAAUAUUAGUGGCCAUUGAAAGAGUUCCAAAGGGGUUCGCUCUUGUCUAUUAUCGUGGAAAGAACUACCAGAGACCUAUUUGCUUGAGGCCAAGAAAUCUGUUAACAAAGGCAAAAGCGCUAAAGCGUUCAGUUGCAAUGCAACGCCACGAGGCAUUGACCCAACACAUAAUUGAGCUUGAGGAAACCAUUAAGCGGAUGAAGUUAGAUCUGGGUUAUUUGGAAGUUGACGAGAGCUCUUCCAUUAAUUCAGCUAAUAUUCAAUCUGAUCAUGAUUUGGGUCUCAAUGAGAUGGAGAAUGAAGAUUUUGAAGAUUACUCUGAUUGUGAUAGUAGUGACAGCAACGAGGGAACUGUGACUGAUUUCCAGCGCCUUGAUUUGGCUUUCAGUGAGGUUCUAAAUGAAGAUGGUGAAGAUUUUUUUUCAUCAUGACCAUUCUACUUUUAUGUGACGUGGAUGUAGUUACUUCUAACGGGCAAGACAAAUAAAGUUCUCCAUUGGCAUGGCGGGCUAAAAGCUUUAAUUUUGUUAUUUGAUUAUUCUUUCAGAUAUGGUAAAAGGUAGCCUCCAAUUUCCACUCUUCUAUGUCUAUUUAUAGUUGAAAUGAUAGUUCUUUUAUCCAGAUACCAGUCUAGUAACUGGUAUAAAAUGGUAACAAAACAUGUUCUUUAUAUUUGUGGAACCAAGAUCCUCUCUUCUUCUUUGAAUAGAAGUCCUUCGAAAAAGAAACGGGACUAUGACAUUAUUAUUG